GUCUGUGGUUGUUGUCCUUCUCAAUGGCGGACGAUACAAGAAGUUCUGUGCCAAAGAAGUUGGUAAAACUCGCAGGGAGACACGAUGCAACGGAAGUUGUACCGCUUUUAUUUAUUGGUGGCCUUGCAAGCAGCCAUGACUCGAGUUUUCUUACAGAAAAGAAUAUCACAACAAUCAUUAACGCAAGCAAUAUGAAGGCACAAAGAUUGUACACAAAAUCUGGUAUCAGUGAAUUAUCUGUACCUGUUUGUGAUGUACCUGGAAGUGAUAUUGGUCAAUUCUUUGAUUCUGUUGGCCAGAGGAUAGAGGAAGCAAUGAUUUCAAAGAAUGCUGUUCUUGUCCAUUGUGCAGCAGGAAUAAGUAGGUCUGCAAGUCUUGUGCUAGGAUAUCUAAUGAAAUACAAAAACAUGACACUAAAGGAUGCCCAUUCAUUCGUGAAGUCAAAGCGCAAAAUAAUCAGACCAAAUCUAGGAUUUUGGAGCCAGCUUAUUGAUUAUGAACAUAAAUUGUACGGAAAUAAUUCAGUUGAGAUGAUUUCAUGUCCUGCAGUGCAAACAGGUAGCAUUAAUGGCCAAGAAUCCUUUAUGAUUCCUGAUAUUUACAAAGUGGAAUAUGAAAACAUGGUGCUGUGAUGCAAAGAACUAUGAGGAUUUUGGUUUUUAUUCUUCCUUAUUGGGCAUUUUAGUUACAUUAAAGGGCUGUAGCAAGAAGAAACUAUUAGGGCAAGCGGAUAAUGUUUUAUGAGCAAUAUCAACUAUUUUCUGGGAUAUAUUUCUAUGACUGACCUCAUUGUAGAUUUGAUUUGAUUGCCAAAUUAUACAGAUUGCUCUUUAAGGAAAAUCUAAAGUCCAAUUUUACCCCCAAGCUUCUACGCAUUAGUACCCACUCAAGAAAAAUAGUGAUCUCUCUGCCUGAGAUGUUUUCCUAUUUUAAGACAUUUGAUUGGUUUUGGAACUACUUUUAAAAUGUCAUUUAAAUUAAAGAUCAUUAGCUUAGGUAAUGUGGGAAUUUUAUGCAAAUAUUGUUACUUGUAUAUAAUUACUGUAUAUAAUGUCAAUAAAUAUUUUUCAUGUA